AAAGACUGACAGUGCUUAUGCAAAACACAAUCAACUUGUACUGCCGUAGUUGUGAUAAUAAGUUAGUGGCUGAAGCGUUUUAGUUAUUUGUAGACAUGCCGUCAUUCAUUCGACUUUUAAUAAAUUUUUACGAAAACAAAGCUAUUAUUUCACAGUGGCGUGAGUUUAUCGAGUUAGGGUUUAUUGACGACUUCCUCUGCGGGACCACGCUAUGUGUCAAGCGAGGUCUGAGUGUCCUACGAAAUAUUGAUCACAGAAUGUCGGUCACACGACUCCAAAACGCAAUUUCCGCCAAAUUUAACUUACAAGUUGUUGAAGAUAUCGUAAAUAAAAAAAGCCAUUUGGAAGAAACUAUAGUAGAAAAUAUUAGAAUCGACGAAAAUUUUACCAACAAGGGUGACGCCUACAUAGGCCAGAUCUGUAGACUCGGAAUCGAAAUUUGUGGAAAGAAUAAAACAAAACACGAAGAAAAAGACUGCAUUUCCGUGGUCGUUAAAUUCUUGCCCAAAAACUUAACCCGACGGAAAACAUUCAGAUGUCACCUAUUUUUUAAUAACGAGAUUAAUUUCUACACAAAGGUUUGGCCGCCAUUUCAAAAAUUUCAAGAGGACAGAAAUAAUCAUGGAUACUUUGACAACGUUCCACUCCUCUUGUCAUUUUACAAAGACGGCGAAAACGACUUCCUGGCCCUCUCGGACCUAACCGUCGAAGGCUACCAACGCAUCCCUCGUGGAAAAGCCCUAAACCAACCCCACACAUCCGCAUUUUUAAAACUCCUUGCGAAAUUCCACGCUUUGAGUUUGGCUUUCAAAGAUCAACGACCCGAGGAUUUCGAAAAUAUCGCAACGACCCUCAGAGAAAAUUACUACCACGAAAAUUACCGCUCUUGGUUCGAGCCCCAUUUAAAAAAUCUGUUCGCUACAGCUAUCGACGCUGUCGACAAACAACUUCCACAGCGUUAUUCCAAAACUUUCGAAAAUUUUCUAAAAACUGACGUCUACAGCGGUAUUUGUGAGGGCUGUCGAGUCCGAGGACCUUUGUCUGUUGUUACCCACGGCGACGUGUGGGCUCCGAAUUUCCUCGUCAAGUACGACGGCGAAAACAUCGAGAAAAUCGUGAUUAUUGAUUUUCAGCUUUCGAGGUACACGACGCUGUCGGCAGAUUUGACUUUUUUUCUUUUUACUUGUGCGGACGUGGAUUUGUUGGAGGAAAAAUGGGACGAUUUGGUGGAGCUCUAUUAUGAAAGUUUGGUACAAAAUUUGCAGGAGUUGGGGUCUGGGGGUUUAGUAAGUCUUGGCGACCUUCACGAUGACCUUAAAAGAAGCAUGGUGUUUGGGGUUGGGGUCGCUAUAGAAAAUAUAAUUAUGAGUUUACUGGGUGAAGAGGAUGUGGAAGAUUUGGAUACGUUACAGGGGGAUGAAGUUCCGGUUACAAAUGUAUGGAAGGUGCGACCUUUUCAGGAUAAAAGCAAACGAGAGAGAUUCGCAAAGUUUGUCAAGUUUGUAGUGGAUAAAAACUUCAUUUGAGUAUAAUUGUAUCAAUAAUAAAAAACUAU